UUUGCCAUUGUACUGCAGUUUGAGAUUGCUAAAGGAGCGGUCAUUUUACCGACCCUGUAUUGAUACUUAAGGGCUUUUUGUUUAGAAGAAAUUACAAAAUUGAUAUUCCCUAACUCCUUUGCACUUAUUUAUGGGAUUCUAAAAAUGACUUCAUUCUAAUGAGCUGCACCAAACAGCAAUCGGGUUUUACUUCUUCGCGUCGACUGCUUGAGAACCCUCCGGGAGGAAAAUAAAACAAGACACAACCGGUCGCUACUGCAAUUCAGCUCGCCGAGAGAUGGCCACCCUGCUUCGGAAAAUCGGUCUGAUCCGCCUGCACGACCGCGACACGGAUGGGGCAAAGCACCAAGGCUCCCGCAAGGCGAGCAAGAAGAACGGGGGCAAGCAAUGCAACGCUCCGAGCAACGAGAGUAUCCUGCUGCAGUCCGACCACCACCAUUACCACAGCAGCAGUCACCACCAGCAGCAGCCGCACAACCACAAGAGGUGCGAGCAGCCCCCGACCAAGGACGCCAGCAAGGACAGGCAGCAGCCGCAACAGCAGCAGACCGGCAGCAAGGUGCCAGCGGGCGGCAGCAGCAACGGCUCCGUCCCCGGGCAACUCCCCAACAAGCAGCACUGCGCCCAGGUCCGCAGCCGCAGGCUCAUGAAGGAGCUGCAGGACAUCCGCAAGCUGACCGACCACUUCAUCAGCGUGGAGCUGGUGGAGGACAACCUCUUCGAGUGGAACGUCAGGCUGCUGCAGGUGGACAAGGACUCGGCGCUGUGGCAGGACAUGAAGGAGACCAGCACCGAGUGCAUCCUGCUCAACCUCAACUUCCCCGACAACUUUCCCUUCUCGCCGCCCUUCAUGAGGGUGCUGAGCCCCCGGCUGGAGAACGGCUACGUGCUGGACGGAGGGGCGAUCUGCAUGGAGCUGCUGACCCCGCGAGGCUGGUCCAGCGCUUACACCGUGGAAGCGGUCAUGAGGCAGUUCGCUGCCAGUCUGGUCAAGGGGCAGGGUCGAAUUUGCAGAAAAGUGGGGAAGACAAAGAAAGCCUUCACUCGCAAAGAAGCCGAAGCGACAUUUAAAAGUUUGGUGAAGACGCACGAGAAGUAUGGCUGGGUUACUCCCCCUGUAUCCGAUGGCUGAGCCACAGAGCUCCUAAAGUUUUCAAACCCAAAAACACUUCCAUUCUCUCAGUGCUGUUUACGAUCCAUCCUUUCUAUUUCAGCUUCAAUUAGACAUGGCAACACAAAGGAGACAUUUACGUUAUUUAUGAAAAGAGAUGUUUACGGAUAAAAGCCUAGAGGGAUUUUUUUUGGGGGGGUGGGGUGGGGGGAGGGGGGAAUGACGUGCUUGUUGCUGGAAUUGAGUUCAUCUGAAUUUGGUUCUUCUGCAUCAUGUUUGCAUCAUUUGCCCAUCCUACUACGCUGUAGUAUGCUUCUCUCCAUGCUAAUGAUAAACAAAUGACAUCAUGUAUUCCAUUCCUCACCAUUCUACUAAUUUAAAUUUAAAUGAAGCAGUUAAUAUUUAAUACCCAGGUGGCAAGCAUAGGUUGACAUUUUGCUGUGCUGUUUUUCACAGGUCAGUUGUCAAUGCAACUUGAAGAUAGUAAUUUGUGUGGAGCUGUUGCUCUAUUGUUGCUAAAAUUAAAAUUCUAUGUCUUGUCGCUGGUUAUUGAUCACUGAAAGUGAACUGUCCUAACUUCAAAUCCAGUGAGAUGAAAGUAGAAGGUUGAACAUGUUUCAGCAUCAUUGUUGAUUGGCACUACUGUACAUUAUUUAUGAAAGCAGUCUUUAGCAGGGGUAAACACCUCUGUCGUUCAAACCAAUAUCUCAUAGGGUUAAUGUGCCUAUGUGGUAAAUAAUGUCACAGUUAAUAGUAGAAUUGUACAUCAAAUAUGUGUGGGAGUAAGGAAAGCAACAUGCUCAUGAUAGAUUGUAGAGGAGUAGCUUUUAAGACACUGCAGAGAUACGAUUCAAAUUCCUGCAUUAAUUAAAUGUCUUAAAUGAUUCAGAUGUUUCAAUUCCUACUGUAUCUGCAUGUUUAAGGAAUAAGUGGUUGCUAGUUUGCUGAAAGAAUGUUGCUGUCAUUCGUUCUGUGUCAAGAGCUAUUACAUUUUGUCAGGUGGUAAUGGCAUUUGUGUUUUUCUGUUUAAUUUAUUUGUGGUUUGCCAAAUGCAUAGCCUUUUGAGCAUGUGACGGGUAUUCUGACUGAAGGGGAAAAAAAACUUCAAGAUACCAAGUUUGAUAAAAGUGUCUGUGUGGGGGUCAAUCGCACUUAUGUACAGUUCUUUUGUGACCAAGUAUUUGGAGAGGCAUGUAAAAGGCAAAGAAAGAAAGAAGAAUGGAUGAAAAUAUCAUAUUGGACAGAAAAUAAAUGCUCUUUUUAACCUG